AUGUCCACUCACAACUCACCUCAAGGACCAGAGGAUCAUGCUCGCUUGGCAGAGGACUUUCCCUCACCCAGUGCCGCGCUGCACUUGGACAUGGCGGCGGAGCUGGAAAGGCAGGCCGCCGUAGCUGCCACGACCGACGCCAUGGAGGCUGCCGAGGUAUCGAUGCAGCACGACGACGAUGAGGCGCAUCAGCUCGAGCAGCAGCUGCAUCAUGGUCAUCACAUGGAUCAAGGAGACGAGGGAGAAGGCGGAGAGAUGAAGCUAUCAGAGGAGCAGAAUCAGCAGCCGGGACCCAUGACGCUUGAAGCGGGCAUGAGACGGUCCGGCGUACUGCACCUCGAAUCGUUCUACACGCCUACACCGCAUCCGCCCAAGGAAUCGCACAUACCGGCGAGCCGUCAGCUGGAGAUCAUGCGGGAAUUCUACAUGCGUAAUCCAACACCGUCAAGAGCGGAGCUGGACAUGUUGGCGGAGAAGACAGGACGGCCGUGGAGGAAGGUCAGAGAGUACUUUCGGCAGCGGCGAAAUAAGGGGAGAGGGAUCCAAGAUCUGGACGGUGUACCCGAGCCAGCAAGAGCGACGGGAUGGCUGCAAAUGUCUUAUAGAUCCGCUGAUCCAUCCACCUCGCUCUCGCAAUUGGGCCUCUACUCGGCAUAUCGGACCCGCUUCGAUCCGUACCAUACUCACACCCCACUCAUGACCGGACAAGAGUUGAUCCAACUCGCUAUAGCCACCUUUCCGGGCUGUGAGAUGGCGCGAGACGAGGGAGAGUAUGUCUUGAAGGGGAUGGACAAGCGGGACAAGGAGGAAGAACGGGCAGACGAGGAUGAGGACAGUGGAAAAGUGGACAAAGGGAUCGAUGGGCUAGUGGAGCCGGUACGAGCUAGUACAUGGCUGCUCAAUAACUUCCAGCAGGCCGAAUCUUCAUCUACCGCCCAACCCCUUACCCAGACUGAUCUAUACACGGCCUACGCCACCCGCUUCUCCUUCACACCCCCUCCUGCCCCUUCCCAUCCCUCGCCAUUACCACAAGUACCGCAUCUCCCCACAGAACUGGCCCUGCACAAUCUUGAUGGCAUAGCCUCUGGCCUCGGCGAAACGGAGGACGCCCAUGGUUCCAGUCCAACCUACCCUCCGCUUCCGGUACAACGCCUUCUAGACCCUCUCGAGCUCAUCACGCUCACGCGGAUGACGUUCCCAGAGUGUGAGCCAGUAGUAGAUGAACAGGGUCGGUUCGUCGUGCGCGGUAUAGCGAAGCGGGAAGGUGUCAAGGACGCGGAAGUAGGAGAGAUGUUCCCUUUUGCGGCUAUGAAUGCUCCACGGCCAUCAUCACCUUCCCAUCCUCUCACCUCACUGCUCAAGCGUAAACUCGCACAGCUCCAUUCGGACCCCGACGACCCAGAGGUCGACUCCCCGGGACCGAGCAAACGAUUACCCAGGACCCUCUCGCACGUCGACGCGCAAAUACCAGGCGAUGCAGGCGAGGAGAUUACAGCGGAGGAUAGAAAGUUGAUAGAUGGCUUGAAGAGGUUUAGAGGGAGUAAGCUGGGCCAGGAAGUGAGGGACGUUUGCAUUAGUCAGUAA